AUGGGAUUUCUGUUUCCUCGUCUUCCAGAUGAAAUUGGCCGCGAAUGCCUGCUGAGGGUGGAGUUGAAUUCUCAUCACAAACUCAGGUGUGUCUGCAAAAGCUGGAACGCCGAACUGAAAAGCGCCCACUUUUAUCAAGAGAGAAAAAGGUUGAAGAUUUCCGAGCAACGGAUUUGUAUGAUCCAGAAAAUAGACGGGAUUUGCAACCGAGUAGCGAUAUUCGACCCUGAGAAGAACACAUGCAAAAUUCUUCCGCCCAUUCCUACAGAAAUUAACGGCAUCUCUCACUCCUAUUUCGUGAAACAAAAACUGGUUUUGAUUACAGAUUUGCUUGUCGACUCUACAAAGAGUCGUGUGUGGUUGUAUGAUUUUAUUUGUUCGAAAUGGCGACAGGGUGCCAAAAUGCCAAGAUGGCUGACUAAAUUUGUAUCCGCGGCUGAUGACCACCGGGGACUGAUUUAUGUGGCUGGAGGUUUCACCAGCUCUUACAUUGAUGCAAGGUGGCAGAUUUAUUCUAACCCUGUCCAAAGCGUUUCAGUUUAUAAUGUGGAGGAGGACAAAUGGGAUGAUCUUCCCGACUUGAACACCUACGUAAGCCGCUCUUGUGGUGCUUUUGCUGAAGGCAAGUUUUAUGUAAUGAGCACUUCUCUCAUCUUUGAGGUAUUCGAUUCCUACACGCGAAGCUGGACAACUAUUUGGAAUAGAUUCAAGGGUUGGCAUCGUUUCAUAAGUGCUUUCGGGCGCUUGUAUGGCUUGUCUGUUAGGGGAUUGAUUGAAUAUGAUUAUAGCCAAGAUAAGCUGAGCAUUGUAGGAACUUUUCCAGAGCUGAAUUGGGGCCGUUCCAUUGACUUUGCUGUGUUGAUUAGCAAUAAAAUCUUUGUGGGCAUCUCAGGAUUUGAUACGUUCGCACCUCAAAGAUUUUUUAUACUUGAACCUCCAAGUGAGACAGGAGGAACUUUAAAGUUAAUUGGCAUAGAGCGACCAUCGAGCCUCCAGGGUUCUGCUAUAUGUGCUGCUACUCUCGAUCUUUGA